ACCAACUUCAUCCAUCUGUGCCUUAUCCCACUUCUGCCUCGCCAAACUCAUCACGCACUGAAAAGAGGCCAUUUGAGUGCAUUUCUUGCUAAUCUCCCACCGCAUUGUCCAUUUUGGGCUUCACGAUGCUAGAUGGUGUUGCUCACGAUCGAUGGCUAAGUGGGCCUUCACGCCCUGGUUGAUAUCUUACCGAAGUGAGCAAGGAGCAUCUUGAGCGAUUAUUUUUGUCUCUUCUCUUGUGACUCAUGACUGCUUUCUUCCUUCACAAAUCUGGCAUGUUAUUGCAGAACAUGCUUUUUUGAGAUCUGAAACUUUGCUGUGCUUCAAGACAGUGUCUAGCGAGAAGCGUAAGUCAGUCUGCCGCCACUCAGCAAUCGUGGAAUUUAUCUUAUUUCUGGAAUCAACAUUUUCUGAAGAUGCUAUCUCAUCGAGGAACAAAAAGCGCUGCAAGUCAGGAGAUUCCAUGGCGAUUUGCUCCUGGUGGCAAUAAUCGCUACAACAGGACCACGAAUCCGUCCGGAGUCAUUUCCUUCGGGACGGCGGAAAAUGUGGGGUCCAAUCGGUCAUGGAAAAGACUCCAAGCUGAUUUACUAGGGACUUAUACAAGAUGAGCUGGAGGAUUUUGUAGCUCAGAAGGUUAAAAUACCCGCAUCCGCCUUCACCUACGCGUACAGCACCAUGGGAGGACCGCGGUUUCCUGUCACUUUAGCCGCUCACAUGAACGAGUACUUCAAGCCCCAUACACCAAUCGAGCCCUCUCAGAUCCUCACUGGUAGCGCACUCACCUCAAUCCAUGAGAUGGUUGGGAUGAGUCUUGCUGAUCCUGGAGAUGGGAUUCUCGCGAGUCGACCGGUAUAUGGUCGAUUUGAAUUAGAUUUUGGAAACACCGCUGGACUGAAAAUUGUGUAUGCCGACAACGAUGGAAUCGAUCCAUUCGAUCCGGAGAUUGUUGAGCAGUACCAGAAGGCUUUCGAUCGUUCAGCAGCCAAUGGUGUAAACAUCAAGGCGUUUCUGAUUGUGAACCCCCAUAACCCAUUAGGUCGUUGCUAUCCGCCCUCAACCUUGGCAGCUCUGAUGAAGUUCUCCCAGCAAAAUCACAUCCACAUGAUCAGCGAUGAAGUGUAUGCUCUCACCGUGUACGGCACUGGCGACCCAGACCUACCAGAAUUUACCUCGGUCUUAUCCAUCGACGCUGAGGGCUUAAUCAAUGUUGAGAGAUUGCACGUCUUCUAUGGGAUGAGCAAGGACUUCGCUGCAGCUGGGCUCCGUCUCGGCUCUCUGAUCUCCCGCAAUGCUCUUCUGAGAAAAGCAGUAGCGGCAAACAUGCGAUUUCACUGCCCAUCAGGACCAUCCAUCGCCAUUGGAACCGCGAUCCUAGAAGACCGCGCUUUUGUGAAAAGGUUCAUAGCGCUGUCGAGACAGAGACUUGCCGAAUGCCGUGCGUUCGCUACUGGGGUCCUAGAUAAAGCCGGCAUCAAGUAUGCUGGGCAGGGGUAUGCGCUAAUAUUCUCGUUAUCAAAGACAACCUGGCUCUGACAACAACUGUAGAAAUGCUGGAUUGUUCCUCUAUGUGGAUCUCAGCCCAUGGCUUCCUCCAAAGACUCACCACGACCAACCGGACCACGAGAGAGAGUUCGCACUUGCCCAGAAACUGCUGGAUGCUGGUGUUGGAGUUCAUCCCUGUGAAGAGCACGGUGAGAGUCCAGGCCAUUUCCGCAUAGUGUUCAGUCUAGAUCGGGAUACACUGGCCGAAGGACUGAGAAGGCUGGUGGAUACUCUGGGCCGUGCUCCAGAAGCGAAGGUGAAUUAAACUCCUGCUAACGAUGGUAUAUAAGUAGUGAACGGAUUUGUGGCAUCAACAUAUAUGAGCGACACGCGGAGUAAGACAGCAAAAGAAUCUCUCCAAACUCUUUCUCUAAGACCUGCGUCACCCAAGCGAGA